AUGGGUACAGGCGAAGCUGCUUCCCGCCCCGACCAGACACCGCAUUUUCGGCAUGUUUUCCGGGAUAGCUUCCUUCGAAGGGGCUUUGAUGCUUUUAUGUCCAACCUAGAUACUAAGGCUAAAUGGCUGCAAAUGGUCGACCAGCUUGACUGUACUGUUCGAGGUGACUAUUUACGGAUGGAUGUUUCGCUGGGUGGCAUGCCGUGCACCCUUGAUAAUGCGGAAAUUAUGGAUGACUACCGUAACCUGGUCAUUCUCCAGCCAGGAAGUGCGCGACUAGCUAAGGAGGCGGCCAUUGGUCUACUUGUGGCUCGUUUCUUUUUUACACUAGACGGCGAUUUCGAAAAACCGGUUAUCGGGUUGGACCUAUGGUACCAUGGCACAAUCCGGUGCAAGGGUCCAGCCAUGGCUGUUGUUGAGGCCUUACGGCGGUUGAGUCUGGAUAAUGUAGAUUUCGUGACCGAUUCUGAGACUCUUGGAGCGUUUGGCGGCGUACAAGAUAUCUGUCCUGCCUGUGGACGUUAUUCGAAAACUGUUUCGUUCACCUUACGCCAUCCCGGUGAGAUCAUGAACAUUUACAUGCGUGUAAACCAGCACAAGCAGUGGAGGAUAAGCGGGUUCCCGGCUAGCAUGUCAUCUUUUGCGGAGAAACAGUAUCUGUACGAUCAAUUCGGCCGUCUUGAUCACGGACGGCCUGCUACAACGCCUUGUAACACAUGUAACCCUGCAGCUGACUCUUUUCGCGGCAAACGCAGGAAACGGACGUCGGUAACAUCCACGGAGGAGCGGAGAAACAAACGGGUGUGUAUUGCAGGGGACGUUGCAGACUAG